CCAUAAGAAAACCAUGGCCCCAUCUCUAACCACCUCUAAUUUGAAACGUAAACAAAAAAUUCUAUAAAAUAAUUAUUUGCAUUAUCGACUGACGGAACGAAAGAAGGCAAUAAGUUGAAGAAAAGUUAAAACAAAUUAAUUAAAGAAAACCAUGGAAGAGCAAUUGAUAAGCGCUGUAAAGGAAAGAAGGGAAUUAUACGAUAAGCACUCCAUAGAUUUUCGCAAUAAGAUGUUACGAGAAAAAGCCUGGGAAGAUAUAUCUGAAGAAAUGGGAAUGUCCACUAAAAGGUGCAAAGUGAGAUGGAGAUCGCUGAAAGACCGUUUUACCAGGGACUACAAAAGAAAGGCAGUUUCAAGCAGGGCUUCCUCUCCGGGAAGCCGUAAAUGGAAAUUUUACGACGACAUGAAGUUUCUAGGAGAAUUCAUAACGCCGAAAGAGACUUGGACGCCGAAACAACCGAAACCGGACUUGGAACUCGAAAAGACUGUGGAAUUUAUUCAAAUACCAGCACCUUCUAGUGACGCGUUUUCAAUACCACCAAGCCCUAGCGACAUUGUUUCUCCAUGCAGCGAAACUAGUAGUUCUCGGCGAUCGCACUCUUUGAAACAAAGUGGAGAUCAAGAAAAAUUUUUGGAAGUAACCGUCAAAUUGAUCGAUAUAUUGGCAAAGCAAAUUGACAGGGAGGAGAAAGAGGACGGCGAUCCUUUUGAAAAAUUUCUGGGAUCAAUGAUGAAGAAGUUGGACUUCCAACAACAGACCAGUUUAAAAAUGGAAAUUUUAAACUUUGCAUAUAAAAGAAUAAGCGAAAUAUUAGACAUAUAA